UUAAUUCAUAAUAAUUCUUUUUACACUGUAUACUUAUCAAAUCCAAUCCAACCCGCACCGCAAUAAAAUCAUUCUAUUAAAGCCGCACAACCCAGCAUUAAAAUCCGACUAAUAAAAAUAACCCCAACUUCCUCUCAUACCGCAGCAUCAGCAUCUCGCACUCGCGAUAACAAGAUUCUCAUUACAGGCCUAUCAAUCUCCUCGCGUAUUACGAGGCGGCAAAUAAUAUCCGCGUGUGCGAUCUCGUCCGCUGCAGCUACCGUCGUAAUGAAGAAAUCGGCCCCGUCUCAUACGCGAUUCGCACCUUUCCACGCCGGCGUAUUACCGGCGUGCACACCGAUUUUCUCGGGGGGAUUUAUGGCCCCGGAACGCCCGACAAUAUAAACACGAGUAUUAUACGAGUUCGACGCUCUCUUUUGCUUCUCAGCUUCUUGUCUCCUCUAAAACUGAAAUUCUCGCCUGUGCUUCUUUUCUUUUCAGCCGUAUCGGUGGGACGAAGAUGAAGAUGUGGGUAUUUUUGUAGAGCAUCUGCGUGGUCUUAGCGAUGCUUUUUUGUGGGAGAAUGAGCUGGAGUGAUAGGGUGGUAGCUUUUAUUUUUGUAUUUAGAGCAUCCGAGUUGCUGAUGCAGACCGAUGGUGGUAUUCCUGACGUUGAGGAAAUUUUUGAUGAUUGUUGCUAGGGUGUUUGUGAAUGGGAUUAUAUUUAGAGUUUUUUCAUAUGCUCUUAUGUAAAAAUCUAAACAAGCAGGUGAAUGGUUUAUUCUAAGAAUGACGACGCAGUGCUUGCAAAAGACCGAUUAAAAGGAAGCUAACAAGUGCCGAUGACCUGGCAGCAGUUGUUUCUUAUAAAUAGACUUUUACCUAAUGCAACUAUAUAUAAGCUUAUUAGUUCUGAUUGUAAACUCAUCUACGACUUCAUACAUUACGUCAGGUUGAUUACGAUGAUAAAACAAUUAAGCUUCGAUGAUAGAACCACCGUUCUAAAAAUCUGUUGCUCAUCGUUGAUGUAUAUUGAUUUCAUUAGAACAGAUUACACGUCACUUAAAAUUUUUCAAAUUCUAAUCUAACUAAAUGAACUUCCAAUGCUUUGCCAAUUACACGAUAAGCACGUUAGUCAUCAAUAUUUCUCUAGGGAUAACUAUAGUGAUCAUGAAGGUACUAGCUACUGUACUCCUCGCGUGCUUCGUGGUGGCCAUCGACGCCCAACCGCGAAUCAUCAACGGUUCCGAAGCCAGCAUCAGCGUUUUUCCGUUCAUGGCCUCUCUAAGAAGUUUUGGCGAACACUUCUGCGAUGGCACGAUUAUCAGUAAUCGUUGGAUUUUAACUGCCGCUCGGUGCCUCAUCCAACAUCCCGUAGUUGAAUGGAUCGAAGUCUACGUUGGUAGCACCAGGUUAUCCGCUGGCAACGAAGGUGAAAUCUACAAACCCACGCGUAUCGUUUAUCACGCGAAGUACGACGAAGAGAAGGGAAUCAAUGACAUCGGUCUUCUUUAUUUGAACAAGGAUAUCGUUUUUACUGGCAAAAAGACUUUCAUCCCUCUUUCCAGUCGCACCUACGAACCUGUCAUCUCUGCGUACAUCAUUGGUUGGGGUUCUACUGAGCCAAAAGGCAAUUCCAGCGAUGAUCUGCAAAGAAUCGUUGUGCAAAUCGUCCACCAAAAAACGUGCAAGCUCGCUUGGAAGGACAACCCCAUCACUGACUCCCAGAUCUGUAUUAUGAGCAGACCAGGAACCGGCACUUGUUACGGUGAUCUUGGCAGCCCUCUCAUCGUCGAAGGUAAACAAGUUGGUAUUGCUUCAUACGCCCACUCCUAUGCCACCGGAAAACCCGAAAUCUUCACCAGAGUAGUGGCUCAUCGUGAUUGGAUCGUGAACAAAACAGGAAUCAAAAAUUGGGCACCUUAAUUUGGAUUCGUAGUGUAACUUUUUCGACUCUUUCUAUAAAAGACUUGUAUUUGUAUAUCAGUUGUAAAUCAAUUAGGCAUUGCGUGUUGCAAUGUUAUCAAUGUCU